CGCGGCACUCUGAUUGGUCGGGAAUGUGGGGUAUAUAAGUGGAUGCUUGAGCCUUCGCGCCCAUUACCGCAGCUGACUCUACCAGGAGCCAUGGGUCGUCUGGCAACUGUGGCGCUGGGCCUGCUGCUCUCCUUGGCCGUCCUGGAGGCCGUGCAACGUUCUCCAAGGGUUCAGGUUUAUUCACGUCACCCAGCAGAGAAUGGUAAACCAAAUUACCUCAACUGCUAUGUAUCUGGGUUCCAUCCACCUCAGAUUGAAAUUGAACUUCUAAAGAAUGGGGAGAAAAUGACCUCGGAGCAGUCAGACCUGUCUUUCAGCAAGGAUUGGUCUUUCUAUCUUCUGGUUCAUUCUAGCUUCACUCCUAAUGGAAAAGAUAAAUACAGUUGCCGUGUGACUCAUGAAACUCUCGCAGAGCCCAUGAUCGUUGAAUGGGAUCCUGACAACUAACCUGAAUCAUGGAGAUUGGAAGAUUUGAAUUAUACCAACUGCAGAAGAAUAUAUUUCUAGUGCUUCUCUGUUAUAAUGCUUUAUGCCUACCAGUUAGCCAAUAAUGCUGAAGUUAACACAAAUAUCUGUAUAAUUCCACUUUAGCCUCUAUCUCCACAUUUGACCCAAGUAAUUAGCCUGUAAGGGGCUCUGACAGCUUCAAAGUAGAGUAGACAGAAUUCUCAUGUUCAAUGCCAACGUUUUAGACAAAUCUGAACCCUUUAGCCUCUUCUGCAUAUAAAAUUCAAUAAUAAAAUAGUUCUGCAUGUUGGA